AUGCGGCGUCUCUUCUUGUUUGCUCCGUUGCUCCUUCUGUACUGCACCCUUGUCACUCUUGCUGUGACAGAGCACCACCGCUGUAUGUUUGAUACUGUUGCUUUGCGUGUUGGUACCACACCAAACGGUGAAAUGUUUCAGAAAAUGCUGGGCAAAAGGAAGAAUCAAACCACUCGUUUUGCAGAAGAUCAAACAACUCCUUCAGGCAGAGAAGAACCGGUUGGGGAAGAAUGGAAACCCAUUCGCAUUGAACUUGUUACUGAUUAUUUGAAAAAGGGUCAAAACUGUUCUGGUAGUGUUGGUCGUAAGAUUGAUACCUUAUUGAAGAAAGAAUUUCCUUGCACAGAAGAUGAUGUUUUGACGCCAGAGAAAGAGGAAAUUCUUGUUAAAAAGAUUCUUCCUGAGGCAAUUGAACUGCACAAGGAACGCCUUUUUGUUAAACCUUUGAAGGGUCCUAUUGUCGUGCCGCAGUUCUCUAAGAAUGAUGGUCUUUGUUACCAGUUCAUGUCACAAGAUGAUGAACGGGAAAAAUCCUUCACCACUGAUAUGGUGUUGUUUGCUGCUGCACAGCCGACAACUGACGGAGCAUUCGCGUGGGCGGCAACAUGUGCGACAUUAAGUUCCAAUGGCCGUCCAGUUAUUGGGAUCAUUAAUUACGGUCCACGGUAUAUUGUGGCCACACCACAGCGUGUCCGCGUUGCUGCUCAUGAGAUUGCCCAUGCACUUGGAUUCAAUCUCCCUGAGAUGGAAAUGAAAGAUAUGGUGGGUAAAGUUAAUUCUACGAGUGAUAAGGCAGCAUUUUUUGUUGUUGCCUCUGACAACACACGGAGAGAGGCCAUGAAACAGUAUAACUGUGAUACACUCAAGGGUAUGGAAUUACAAAACAUGGCGUUUGUGCAAGUACCAGCUUUACCCGUACAAGCAGCAGCCAUCCUCGCUCAGGUUGCAAGUGUACAAGAAGAUAAUGAGGUGGGAGAAUCACACAGUAAUGUUAUGGAUGAUCGUUUGACAGGGGAGGAGUCUGUUGGCAGUGAUGUGCAAGAGAGACGUGAAGAAGAGGGUUCCAGUGCUGCCAAGUUUACACACAAUGUACAUCAUUCAUCAGAUGUGUUGUCGAAAAGACGUUCACUAUACCUUCAAGCUACAGUUGCAGAAUCUCCAAACAAAUGCACUACUAAUGAAGAAGGUGAUACUGCGACGGAUGAAGAGUGUAUUGUUAAGACAACUACAGUUCUUCCAAACAAUGAAUACAACGAAGGUGUCAUGACACGGUCUCACUGGAGUCGUCGUAUUGCAAAGGAUGAGUUAAUGGUUGGUCUCGUCGGUGCUGGGUACUACACCGCAAUUACAUUGGGAGCUUUCGCUGAUCUGGGCUACUACAAAGUUAAUUGGACAAUGGCAGAGCAGAUGAGUUGGGGCAAUAACUCUAACUGUGAAUUCUUGAAUAACAAGUGCGUUAACAGCGGUGAAACGAAGUUCUCCAAUAUGUUCUGCACAACCAAAUCCACUGUGGGUACUGAGUCACUGCAGUGCACAUCUGACCGCCAGUCGAUGGGGAGUUGCAGCAGCAUCGAAGCAAAACUCGUUAAUAAGGGAAUACCAAAGCAGUUCCAAUACUUUUCAGAGAACAAUAAGGUUGGUUCAGAAGAAUCUGAACAAAUGGAUUAUUGCCCGUUUAUUAAGGCAAAGGUGGGUUACAGUUGCAUCAAUGGUGUGCAGAGCAAAAUGCCUGAAAGUAAGAUUGGUAUCAACUCACGUUGUGUGGAGGGUAAGGAUCUAAAGACUGACAAAAAAGCAGCAGUUGGUGCCGUGUGUGUGGAGGUGUCUUGCAAGUUCAACAAGGUAAUUGUGCGGUACAAUGGAAACGAUAAGUGGUACAAUUGUCCUGAAGGAAAAAAUCUAACUGUGAAGGAGAGUGUGCUUCAGGGUAAAAUUGUGUGCCCCAAAUACGCUGAUGUGUGCAAUACAAUCAACAAAACUCUGGAUGAAUCACAAGGUCCAGCAACAGACCCAGACAUUGUUGAAGAAGUUCAAACAAGUGAACCAGAAUCCACUGAGGUCACUGAAACCGCAAAACCAAGUGAAAGUGCUGCUGCAAGUAAUAAUGCUGGUAACCAGGGAGUGUCUGUGCCAGUGGUACAAAAUGAGACAAGUACGACUAAAGAAUCGAAACCCAGCGAAACUAAGGAAGAAAACAUUACCUCCUUUUUGAAUGGCCAGAAUAAUAAUGCUGCUGCGAAAAAAGGCACUGAUGGUUCUUUUAAAGCUUCCGCUUUUGCGAGUGUUAUGUUUGCUCUCUUGACACUCUCUGUGAUAAUGGCGCCAUGA